AUCGCCGACGCUUCAAACUCGGUGACGUAUGUUCAGGUCAGUUGUUGAAUCUCUUUCUCUCGCAUCGUUUCAUCUUCGGUGAUCGACUACAAUUUUCACACGCAUAAUCGCUUCCGUAGUUCUAUCAACUCUCAUGACGGCCGGGUUUGCGAGUGCCGUGUGAUGAUCGAUUAGGUGUUUUUGUUCGCCAAAAAGAUUUGUUUUCUUGACCUGGUUAUUGCGAAAUUAGGGUUCGUUGGUUCUAAAACGUGUUUGUCAAGUAGUCUGAGCCUAGGGUUUAUUGGUUCGGUAGAUCCACACGGAAAUGUGUAUCCUUUUAUUUAUUUACGUACGGUCAUGUGGAUUUUCUUGAAAUAUGUUAUUAAAUUCUGAUUUUGGACACAGUUUACAAUUGAAUUCUGAGUAAAUACAGAGUCAUAUGCGAGCCAUAGAAUGGAGGGAGAGGCAGUUGAAUCUAGGAGUAGUAGGAAGGAGCAGGAAAGGGAAAGAAGGCGUCUACGAGACAGAGAAAGAAGACAAUCAAUGAGCCAGGAUGAGAGGGAAAGGCAUUUGGCUCGGCGCCGCAAGAACUACCAGCUGAGAAGGCAGAGAGCUGAGGUAAACCGCCUUGACUCUCCGAUCCAAGCAAUCACUGGAGGCAACCAAGCAGCACUGAAUUCACCGCCUGAUUCUGGAGCCAGCUUUGUUGAGUCUGAUCAGAGUGUGGUAAUACCAGUGGAAGAGCUGGCUAAGAUGAUGGGGACUAUACGGCUGACACGUCUGAAACAUCUGGCGAGGACACUGAACAAGUCCAGCACUAGUACUGGUGCAGAGUCAAGCAACACAGGAGCAACAGACGCAAAGACAAGAUGUGCAAUGUCAAAUGGGCUACGUCUGAGUCGGAUAAAACGACUGGUGAGAUUUAAGGGCCAGCAACUGAGGAUCUUGUCACAUUCCCAAACACCAGAACCUCAGCUUCACUAGAGUUGACAACUUGAACGAGAACCUCAUCAAUAUUAUUGUUUGUAAAAGUGAAAGUAUUAUUCUUUUGGAGAUCCACAGCUAGGAAAACUGACCAUAUUUGUUUUGAAAUACAAGUGGGAUUACAUUACAUUCUUCAUUUUUUUUUUGUCACAGCCAUCUCCUAUACGGCUUUUAUCAUUUGUAGUUCGGAAGAAGAAACGAGAAUGAGAUAUCAUAGUUGAGUAAUCUGUUUUGCUGAACAAGAUAAUAAGUUUGACAAUGUGACAAUUCUUUUGUUAU